GAGGUUCCCCACCCCUGUCUCAAACUGUCAUAUCGCGAAGAACGCAAUUGUUAGAAAUUGUCCAGGUGGCGUAACCCCUUGUGAGGAAUAUCGUGGAGCAACACUCGGGCCCCCUAGUGCCAAAAGGUUCCCCACCCUUGCCACGAAAUUCCCGAUAGCGAAGAAGAGGAGCGUAUAUACACAUAGGAACUGCAACCGGGGAGUCUGCCGUCGGGGCCGAGACCGAGACAGGCUUGCUCCAGCAGGCGAGCAAGUGCCAGUUGCUCGGCGGCAGUUGCCACGGCUGGACAUACAUUUGCGUCCUUUGCUGGCGGAGUCCUCCUCUUUGCAUGCCCAGCUACCCCCAGCUGCUCAGCUCUCGACCCCCGUCGCGGUACGAAAAAGAGAAUCGUUCGAGAUCCUCUGUAAACGGGCGGCCCCGUGAGCGGAAGAAAGUGGCAGCCAAGAGGAACGCCGGGAGAUCGCAAGGCGAGCGCAAAACGGUGGACAAGAAGAGAGAUCAUGAAAAGGAGGAUGCCAUGUGCCAGGAACAGUGAGUGCGUGUGAGUGACCGUGCAUGUACGUGCGUGUCGGACCAGUGGCUUCGGUCCUUCGACCCUCGAGGACGUACUCACCACCCAGCCCGUGGACACGAUGAUGAUCCCGAUGAUCCGUGCCGCCAUCCUCCUAUCCGUCUUCGUUUAUCUCGAUGCUGCCGCGAACACCGUCACUGUGGCCAAGGAGGAGUGCAGGAAAAGGAUAGCCGAGUGCACAAUGAGUGACGGCGCGAGCACACCGGUAUGUGGGAGCGACGGUGUUACGUAUUCGAGUCAGUGUCAGGUCAUCUCAAAGCAGUGUCAAGGCAUGUCUAUUCUUAUCAAACACACUGGCCCUUGUCCAGAGACGCCAGCGUGUUUCUCCGCAAGGCUGACCGCCAGGCCAGGCGCACGACCAGUAUGUCGUCCCGAUGGCACUUACGCACCGGUGCAAUGUCACGAGGAAACCGGGUACUGUUGGUGCGUGACACCGCAGGGCAGACCGCUGCCCGACACCUCGGUAAGACACCAAAGACCAAGAUGUUUGAAACCUGGUCCCAGAUCUGCUGCUUCCACCAGGAGCGGCCAAAGGAGGCGCUCGCCGAACUGGAAGCAGCGAAGGCAGUACAGCAGUAAGCACAGGAACACCUGCGAUCGCGCGGAGAAGUCCAAGUUUAACGGGAACCUGAUCGAGAACUUCAAGAUCGAGUACAGGCGGACCAACAUCUCCACCGACGGUGACAAGAACGUGGAGCGUGUGUUGUCGUGGAAAUUCGUCACCCUGGACAAAAACGGCGACGGCUACCUGGACAGGGCCGAGUACAAGGAGCUCCGGAGGCUCGCGAAGAAGGCGGUAAGACCGAAGAAAUGUGCCCGCACGUUCGCCCGCACGUGCGACCUAAAUCGGGAUUUGAAACUCUCCAGGCAAGAAUGGGGUGCCUGCCUUGCGAACGACUUCACUCUACGUUUGUUCUUGUCGCUGAACCCCGCAGACGAGCGCCCCGAGGUCCCUGAGGCCCAGAGGACCCGGGCCACGGACCAAGUGUUGAAAGGGAAUCCUGCUCCAGUGCAUUCUCGACCAACGUUCACCGAUGAUCCAACGGACACCAAGGAAGAUAGCGAUGCAAAUGAUUGUUUGACGGAUAGACGAUCCGUGUUGGAAGACGAGAGACAACAUUCUCAAGAGAAGUUCUAUGUACCUGAAUGUACUCCCGAUGGAAGGUAUCACCGAGUGCAAUGUUACUCUGGUUACUGUUGGUGCGUCUAUCAAGAUACUGGCAAGCCGAUUCCUGGAACAUCUUCUAAAGACCGCACUCCAAAUUGUAAUCCAGUACCUACCCCUAGCAGACCCAUGAAGGGUUGUCCAGAGCAAAAGAAACAACUGUUUCUGCGCGAUUUAAUGGAUUUAAUGCAAAAGAAGAUGAAGGCUUCCAGUACAGACUCUGAAGAAACAACAGCUAAGUGGCAAGCUUCUAAAGAGGAACAAACAGCGACUUGGCACUUCGUUAUGCUCGAUAAGAACAAGAACAAGGUUCUGGAAAGAAAAGAAUGGAAAAGUUUCCGUACAAUGGUGGCAAGCAAUAGACAGCUUCAGAGAUGUGGCAAAAGAUUACCCCGAUAUUGUGAUAUUAACAAUGACAGAAGGAUCAGUAUGACCGAGUGGCUCAGUUGUUUAAACGCGCAACGGCCAACGCCAUCUGACAGCACGGAGAAAGCGUCUACGAGUAAACCGAAGAGAAUGGGUCCGAAUCCAUUGGAUCAGCUUCUUAAAAACGACGACGAUUAGAAAUAUAUAGAUAUGUGAUAUAAUUAAUGUGUGUUCGUCAUUUCAUCGAUAUGUCACAGUGAUCAUUCAUUUAAUACGCUGAUCGUAACACGAGCAAUGGAACUUUCACGAGAAAGCCAGUUACUGUUAACAGAAUUUUAUUUGUAUUUUUAUAUCCGGUGAUGAAUACCACUGUCACGUCAUUUAUUUUAAUCACCUCACAGAUUGAUAAUACGAUAGUGUAUUUUAGCAUAAUAACGAUAUAGUUUUAAGGAUAAGAAUAACAAAGUAUUACGGGCAUACGAUCGUGUACAUAUUAAAUAUCUUCUUCUCGGUGCUACGCGCAACGCUGCUUUUUCAUGACCACGAUAACGCGAACGCGAAAUUAUGUGAACAAUCGCUGAAUACUAUUGAACUCGCUAAUUGUCUUUCGUUGCAUGAGUACUACUCAAAAUUGUUUACUUUAAGCUUAGUAAAUUUAGGCUCGCACGUGUUUAAGAUUUCUUUUAUAAUUAUUAACACUAUCGACCUUGAGACAAUUGUACAAUUGAAAUUUGUUUAUUAAAAUAAAUCUUGUUUUGACAUAAAACAA